ACACUGCGCAGGUGCGAGAUCGCUCCUUCUUCACGCUGCGCAGGUGCAAGAUCGCUCCUUCUACACACUGCGCAGGUGCGAAAUCGUUCCUUCUUCACACUGCGCAGGUGCGAGAUCGCUCCUUCUUCACACUGCGCAGGUGCGAGAUCGCUCCUUCUUCACACUGCGCAGAUGAGAGAUCGCUCCUUCUUCACACUGCGCAGGUGCGAGAUCGCUCCUUCUUCACACUGCACAGGUGAGAGAUCGCUCCUUCUUCACACUGCUCAGGUGCGAAAUCGUUCCUUCUUCACACUGUGCAGGUGCGAGAUCGCUCCUUCUUCACACUGCGCAGGUGAGAGAACGCUCCUUCUUCACACUUCGCAGGUGAGAAUCGCUCCUUCUUCACACUGCACAGGUGAGAGAUCG